AUGGUAAGAAGCACCGACCGACUCAUCCAGUCGGUGCAUGCCAAUCCCGGCGCCUUGCAAUCAACAAUCCUGGGCGUGUCGGAGGCAUUCAAGCGCGAAACCUCAACAGACAAGCUGAACCUGGGGGUGGGCGCAUACCGGACCGAGGAGCUGCAGCCCUAUGUCCUGAGGGUCGUCGGCAAGGCCGAGAAGAGGAUGCUGGAGCGGGGCGACAACAAGGAGUACCUGAGCAUCGAGGGCCUGCCCGAGUUUCGGGCCGCGACGGUGGAGCUGCUGCUGGGGGCCGACUCCGCCGCGGUGAAGGAGGGCAGGGUCGCGACGCUGCAAUCCCUCUCCGGCACCGGCAGCCUGCGCGUCGCCGCCGCUUUCCUGGCCAAGUUCCUGCCUGGGGUGACGGUGUACCUGUCCCGUCCCACGUGGGGCAACCACAAGAACAUCUUUGGGGAUGCGGGGGUGGAGUGGAGAGAGUAUGCCUACUUCAACCCCGCCACCGUCAGCCUCGACUUUGACGGCAUGCUCCACGACAUCGCGGCCGCGCCCGCCGGCUCCUGGUCCAAGAUCGCCGACGUGAUCGAGGAGCGACAUCACCUGGCCUUUUUCGAUGUCGCCUACCAGGGCUUCGCGAGCGGGAGCCUGGACGAUGACGCAUUCGCCCCGCGCCUCUUCGUGGAGCGGGGCCUGGAGGUCCUGGUGGCGCAGUCGUACAGCAAGAACCUGGGCCUCUAUGCUGAGCGCAUCGGCGCCCUGAACAUCGUGCUGGCCAGCUCGCAGGCGGCCGACAGGGUGCUCUCCCAGCUCAAACGCAUCGCCAGGGCGAUCUACUCCAACCCGCCCGUGCACGGCGCGAGGAUAGUGGCGGAGGUGGUGGGCGACGCCGCCAUGUUUGGCGAGUGGAACGUGGAGAUGGAGGAGAUGGCCGGCCGCAUCAAGACGGUGCGACAGGACCUGUACGACCACCUCACCCGCCUGCUGCCGAGCAAGGACUGGAGCUUCAUCGGCAUGUUCUCCUUCACCGGGCUGUCCCCGCAGCAAGUGGAAAACAUGACCAACAAGUGGCAUGUUUUCAUGACCAAGGAUGGGCGCAUCAGCCUGGCGGGGCUGAACCGGGCGAAGGCAGGGUACCUGGCAGAGGCCAUCGUGGACAGCGUGCAGAAUGCUUGA